AUGUGGCUCCGGAGGCGCAGAUGCCUGGGGGAGGAAAGCACCGGCGAGGCACUUGGCGGCUGCGUCUUCGCAGGGGCCGAGUGGGGACAGGUGUUUGAGAGGACUCGGGGUCCCCUCCCGGCGGGACCCGAGCUCCACCCCCCGGCCGGAGGGGGGCGGGGAGGCGAGCGGGAGGCGGGCAGGCCGGGAGGGAGGGGGAGGCAGGGGGCGGGCCGGGCCGUGCGCUCCGCUCGCGCUGGCUCCGCUGCCGCCACCGCCGCCGCCGCCGCCUCACACACUCCGGGAGCGGGAGCACGGCGCGGACGCGAAGCCGCCGGGCUGCUGUGCCCAGAGCCAGCCCAAGCCGGAGCCCGAACCGCAACGCCAGCCCCUGCCGUGCCGAGCCGCAGCCCGGGCCGGGGCCGGCGGCGGCUCAUGGACAGCGGGGUCGGCGGCCGGUGCUGCCCCGAGGCGGGCCAGUCGUAGGCGCAAGCUAGGCCCCGGGCCAGAAGGGAGAUCGCGGCACGCACUGGAGCAAAACUGAAAAGCGAGAUGGUCGCGCGCCUCUUCCCUUGACUGCCCUCGACAGCGCAGACUUCGGGCCCCAGUUUCCUCAGCACUGGUC